AAAAGUUCCCAGCACCAGUCCGAAGGAAUCGUCACCAGCGGCUGCACCGAAGGCUACAAAAGGGUCCGCUCAAGCGAAAUCAGGGAAAAGCAAUGGCGAAGGAGCUGCACAGAAAGCUGUGGUUCCUCAGGCCAUACCGCAACCGGCCAUUAAUAGCAGAAAGACAUCCAGUGCAUCAUCAACCAGUGAAAUAGUUUCCCCAAAGAAAUCAAAGCUUACAGCAAAUGUACAAUCGACAUCAACUUUUCACCAUCAACUGCAACACCUGUGCGGCACGUGUCUGACAAGGCAACAUGGUAAGGUUGUUAAACCGAUGUUCCUGAAGGGUGGUGAGACCGUGUGUGCCGGGCCGUACCACCACCCAUGGGAACAGUCAAAGGCGGUUGCGAUAUACUCUACGACAAAGUCAAAAUGGUGUGUUGUGAAAGCCAGGCCACCCUCUCUGCACCCGAAACUUCGUCUGGUGAAAUGUGACUGGAAAGAACCAUGCAGUAGACCAAACUGCACAUUCCCUCAUUCAACGGAAGAGUUACAGCUCUGGAACUACAUGGAAGAACAUAAAAUUCGAACUUUAGACGACGUUCUUUCAAAGCUAGCUGCCUCAACUAAUGGGACUCAGUCAUCAAAGGUCUCAAAUGAAUCGUCUCCAGCGGCUGUACCGAAGACUACAAAAGGGUCCUCUCAAGCGAUACCAGGGAAAAGCAAUGGCGAAGGAGCUGUACAGAAAUCAGUGGUUACCAAGUCCCCACCGGCCAACAAUGGCAGUGAGACAUCCAGUACAUCAACCAGCACAACAGUUUCCUCCAAGAACUCGAAGCUUACAGCCAAUGUACAAUCCAGACCAAAUUUUUACCAUCCAUUAAAAUACCUCUGCGCCAAGUGUCUGACAACGCAACGUGGUAAGGAUUUCGAACACGAGUACCGUAAUGGAGGUGAAGUUGUGUGUGCUGGGCCGUACCACCACCCAUGGGAACAGUAUAAGGCAGUUGCGAUCUACUCCACGACGAAGACCAAAUGGUGUAUCGUGAAAGCCAGGCCACUCUCUCUGCACCCAAACCUUCGUCUGGUGGUAUGUGAUGUGAAAGAACCAUGCAACAGACUAAACUGCACAUUCCCUCAUUCAACGGAAGAGUUACAGCUCUGGAACUACAUGGAAGAACAUAAAAUUCACUCUUUGAACGGCGUUCUUUCAACUGCCUCAUCUAAAAUGACUCGGUCAUCAAAGGUCUCAGAGAUUGAGGUACAGAGUUGCACCAGUCCUAGUGAGCCGUCAUCAGCGGCUGUACCAAACGCACCAUCAAGACCAGCUUUUCACCACCGUUUACAAUACCUAUGCGGCACUUGUCUGACAACGCAACACGAUAAGGUUGUUGAACCGAUGUACCUGAGGCCAGGUGAAGUGAGGAGGUGUGCGGGGCCAGACCACCACCCAUGGGAUCAGUCUAAGGUGGUUGCGAUCUACUCCACGACGAAGAAAAAAUGGUGUGUUGUGAAAGCCAGGCCUUUUUUUCUGCGCCCAAACCUUCAGCUGUUCGUGUGUGGCAAGAAAGAACUAUGCAGUGGACCAAAUUGCUCAUUCCCUCAUUCAGAGGAAGAGUUACAGCUCUGGAAGUACAUGGACGAACAUAAAAUUCAAACUUUAAACGGCGUUCUUUCAAUUAUGGCUCAGUCAUCAAGGGCCUAUAGAUCAUCGAGCAUCUCCCAUGAGACGCCAAGUGUUUCCAACUCCAUUACUCCUUCUCCAACAACUGUGCCUCUAAGUUCCGCAAAGACGUUUGCCUCGUCUCGGACACAAGUUUCAUCCAAAGCGGUUGCAUCAUCUCAGCCAACAAGGACCCCCAGUUCACCGGCUUCUUUCAGGGUACCGAGUUUUUCAAAGACAAAAAACAAGACGUCAUCAGGCUUCUAUAAAACUCUUGGUGCCUCGAAGACACCUGACACGAUGUCACCAUCUUCGACUGCAAGCCAUCUUCACUGCUCUUACUGCAACAUAACAUACAAAGAAUCCUUGCACUUGGAGCAACACACUCUGACCCCAGAGCAUAUGUCAAAGGUCAACUCCGACACGGAGAAGGCGUGGCGACAUCGGGAUCCACCCUGGAACAUCGUCAACGGAAAAUACUUGGAGUGUCAAGAUCAUAAGAAAGGCAGCUGUAUGUUCGGCGACUCGGCACAGAACAACUGCACCAAAGCGCACAGUUUGAGAGAGCUUGAGGAAUGGCGGGAAAGACAUCAAUACCGAAUGAUGAAGAUGAAGAAAGCCAAGGAGCAUAAACUGUUCAAACUGCCGGACCAGAUCUUGAAGAAAUACAACUCGCCUUCAGGUGCUGAUUUGAUCGCUGAUGAGUUGCCAGGAGUGCAGAUAAAGUGUGAACACGAAAUCAGUCAGUUUCUGUCAACGACAGGAACGCAGAUGGAUUCCACAUACAGCUUCAAGUGGACAUUUGUAUUGAAGACUUCUACAAGGAUACGACUCAGACGAGUUUUUUUGUUGUACGAUGAGCACCGAACUCAUUUUAGACUCUCCAAGCCAGCGCGUGAACCUAACGCCCAGUUGUGUCCGGGGAACUUGGUCGUCGGCGGUGAUGGAAUGACGUAUGACAUUGACGUCAUCUUCCGCUCAAAGGUCUUUGGAAGUUUCAAUCAGUGGGUUGUGUUCGACAUCGGCACAGAGCCUUAUCUCACCCGCAAGCUUCAGGUUCACAUUGGGUCGAAUCCGAUAAAGCCAUCAGAGAGUAAGAGGAACCAAGUUGUGGAGUUAUGGGACAGAAAAAAACUUGAGAUUGUCGCCUUUACCGAGGAUGACUACGCCCCAACUAACAAUGAGAAGAAGCUGAUGGCCAAGUACCAGAUACCGACGUCACUCGACACUCGUGGCAAUGAUGAACUCGGUCGAGAUAACUAUAAAGAGAACAUGCACACGAUGCUGUAUCUAGAAGAAAGGGAGUGCAAUGACAGGGUAUCAAAGUUCACCACGGAGAGCAGAAUGAAAUGCCUGAAGGGUAUUACUAUUCAGACACUAGAUAGCAGUCUCACCAAAUAUGCUUCUGGUGAUAUGCUGUUCGCUCUUGUAGAUCUGAAGUCGGCUCUCAUGGACGACUCGGAAACGAGCCAAAUCAUCAAUAGAAAAGUGAAUAAGAUGUUGAUCAAAUUCACUGGCUCAAACAAGAUUUACGAAGCCCUGAUUCUCCGAGACCAGAAUGAGCUCGGCAGGAGUGAACACGAUAGUCUGUACUUACAGCUCAGCACAGCGUGUGUCACUAAAGAGAAACUUCAAAGUGACGCUGAGUACAAUGUCCAGAUUCAACUGCAGAUAAACAGACUUCCGUUCUGCUACAAUCAUUCGGCCGUUGCUAACAUGCACAAUAUGGAUAUGGUUUUCCCGCCAAAAGAUAAACCACAUAUAUUCCCUAUGCCCGACUCACAUGACACAUCAGUUGACCGCCAUCAACAGCAAGCAGGGCGAUUCAUCCAGGAGCAUGGAGGCGCCAAAGCCCAGCCCAUGUCUGGUGUUGGACCCCUAUUGAUGUAUGGUCCCUUUGGGACCGGCAAGACACACACCUUGGCGACAGCGGUUAUAAACACCCUGAGAGCACGUCCUGAUUGCAAAAUCCUCAUCUGUACAUACACAAACAGUGCCGCAGAUUUGUACAUCACUCAACACUUUGAUGAGUUUGUAAGGAGUAAUGGCCUUGUCAAGAUGGCCCGUGUCUACGCAAAAUACCGAGAAAUCAAAGCAAUACCAGAGACAGCACGGACGUACGCUUUCAUGACAGAUGGAGCGAUUCGAAAUCUAACAGCCAAUGAGAUCAAAGCGAGCAGUAUUGUCAUCACAACCAUCACAACGUCGCACAAGCUGUCACCCGCUAAGUUAAAGGGACACUUCACCCAUAUCUUGAUUGACGAAGCUGGACACGCAUUGGAGACUGAAACACUUCAACCUUUGACCUUGGCUACAAAAGAUACGUGCGUGGUUCUCGCUGGGGACCAUGUGCAGAUGAGUCAAAAGGUAUUUUCACGCCGAGCUCGCCAAGCUAAGUUCAACAUGUCGCUCCUCGAGCGUCUGUUCUACAUGAAAGUGGGCAGAAUACUUCUCCAUUCCAACUACCGGACAAACCAGGACAUCUUGAACUUCAUUUCCCGAGCAUUCUACCUCGGAAGGUCGGCUGAAAAGACGAUGACUGCGGUGAUUAAACACGAACCGUUUCCGGGAUUCAAACAUCCUUUGUUGUUCUGUACGGUCAAGGGUCAAGAUCAACCAAUGGGAGCUUCGUAUAUUAAUCAACACGAGGUGGACCAGCUAGUGGUCAACGUUCAAUUCCUACACAACAACUGGCCAGUGGAAAAGUGGGGGGCAAUUGACAAGAAUAGUAUCUCCAUUGUGACUCCCUACAAGAUGCAGGUAAACCUGAUUCGCCAAGAGCUUCGAAAAGCUCGCCUUCCACACAUCGACGUAGGAGUAGUCGAAAAUGUGCAAGGGAGGCAGUUCCGUGUGUUGGUAAUCAGCACAGUACGUACACGCAGCACGCUAAACAAGGCCCAGAUGACAACCUACGUAUCAAGUAUCAGUCCAGCGACUCGUCCCGAUGAGAUCUACGACUAUGGGUUCCUGUCUGACCACAGGCUUCUGAACACGGCCAUGACCCGAGCACAGUCCCUCGUCAUGGUCGUUGGGGAUCCAACUGCCCUGUGCUCAGAGGGUGAAUGCUCCCAGACGUGGAGGAAAUACUUGGAGAAAUGUGAGGAGAAGGGGACUCUGUUCCCAAUAGGAACAACGGUGGAAGGAAUUCGACAAGAGUUGGAAGCAGCCAAGCAACAGCUGAACCCAGACGCCCCCGUCUUUCAGCCCGGCAAGAAAUCCAAAGGCAAAUCUUCAUCUAUGGGCGACGACCUUCCCAUCAAAAAGAAAACUUACCAAAUUGAGGAUGAUUUCUGGACAACUGAGGACGACAAGGUUUUACCGGAUGGAAUCCUUAAGGAGCUUUACAAACAGAUCGUUGAUGAAGAGCAGAAUGCCGGCGCUGAUUCAGAGAAAGUAGAAGACGGUGAUAUUCGUCCAAAUGGGCUCAGAAGGAGAAAAGCUCCCAAAUUCCGAAUGGUAGAGGAAAACGACCGCAUAGUGCUUGCGUUUGAUAACAAAGACACGUCCGAAGAAGAUGAUGGUGUCUUGAGGAAUGAUAUGCAUGACGAGAAAGCCCGUCAGACAGCAUUGAAUCAGGUCAAGGAACAUCCAGACAGGUUCAAGACGUGCUCCUUCCGCUGUGAGCAGACGGGACUCUCCUACGCCAUUCCACUCGAUGAAGAUUCAUCCGGGAAGAUAUCCAUCACCAGCAAGAGGAGGCGGGGAAGGGCCUUAAACAUGGAUGAGGUGAUUGUGGAAGUACUUGAAGAUCCAGAUAACCUAUCGGUUCCUGACGAUGAAAAGAAGAAGUUGUACGGGCAGGUCAUUUGUAUCUUGAAGAGGGCUCCGAAAUCCUCCGUUAUGAUGAGAGCAGUUUGUAAACUGGACGAGCAUAAAUCCAAUCGGAUGGUCCCGAUCGACCGCACAUUGCCCAAGUUCUUCAUUAUGUCGGAAGACAAUGACUUAAACAAAAAGAACACUGGGCCAUCUCCGGACUUUGUGUUUGUUACCAUCUACCGUCACAACAGAGAAACUCAUGACUUGCAAGUUGAAAUGAAUGUGACGGUGUCUAGGAGGGAUCGACCACACAAGCUGUUUAUCGUCGAGUAUGUUAAAUGGUUGGCUAAUGCUCCAUUCCCAGUUGGCGUAGUUACAGAAGAACUCCUACAGGGCGAUGACAAAGAGACAGGUCUCCGUAUUCUGAAGUUACUGCAUGGUGUGAAGGAUAACUGGAAACCUUCCACUCUUGAGGAACUACAGUCGACGUUCCCGAAUGAGUGGGCAAUACCAGAUGUGGAGAUUAACAGACGAUUUGAUGCAAGACCCCUAGCUGCCUUCACCAUCGACCCUCCAGGCUGUCGUGAUCUUGAUGAUGCCCUUACUGUUCACAUGGUUGACGGGAAUUACCAAGUCGGAAUACACAUCGCCGAUGUUUCCUUCUUCGUGUCUAAAGACAGCUUGGUAGACAAAGAAGCCAAGAGUAGAGCAACCUCCUUCUACUCGUCUUUAGGUGACCCAAUCAACAUGCUGCCCCCUCAGCUAAGCAACAGGUUUUGCAGUUUGCUCCCCGGAGUAGACAGGUUGACCAUCUCUGUGUUUGUCACUCUCGACAAGAGCGGAGCUGUUGUUGGCGAGGUCAAUAUUGUUCGGUCAGUUAUUCAGUCCAGAAUCCAGAUGACCUACGAAGACGCUGAGGAAGUCAUCAAGAGGAAUAGUCCAGAGGAAAAUCACAACACUAUCCAAGAAAAAAUUUUGAUCUUGAGUAAAUUGGCUCAAGAGAGACGUCGAGCUCGUCUAGGAAUUGGAAGUUACGCUUUCUCUCACGACUCCGAGGAAGAAGAACUGUUGCAUCCUCUGUCCCAUUCCAUGGUAGAAGAAAUGAUGCUCCUAGCCAACGAAACAAUCGCACGCUUUGUGGCCACCACCGACCAAGAUUGUGCUCCAUUACGAAGACAGCUCCCUCCGAGUGAAGAAGCAGUCACUGAGUGGUUGAGUAAACACGGUAGAGACCGUCCUAACUCCGUUGAUCUACAUUCAAGGACUCUUCCCGUUGUUGUUCAAAACGAAGAAGCUAAUGAUGUGACCAUGAUCAAGGAGAAGUGGAGAAAACUUCACGAUCUCGUCAUAUGUGAAGGCAGACCUCAGAUGUCUAAAAUCGUUGACCUAAUCUGCAGCGAUGAGAAUCAUCCCCAGCUUGCCGUGGCCCGAACCAAUUUCUUCCUCGUUCAAGAGACAGCGGGUUACAUAAGAUCCGGGGAACUGCCUGAUGACAAGAGAGGGCAUUACUCGUUAGGUAUGCCGACCUACACGCAUUUCACUUCGCCAAUCCGACGCUACUUUGACUUGGUUGUUCAUCGUAUCCUGAUCACCUUGUUGACUAAUAAGAAUGCCAUACAAGGAGCUGCACCAAUAGAACCACCAUACGUAGCAGAAGAGCUGGAACUGAUCUGCCACCAUUGUAACAAUCAAGCCAUCAAUUCCAAACGCUUCGAGAAGGAAACCCUUGCUUUGAACUUUGCCUUGAAACUCGAGAAAGAUCCUCAGACAUUCCAAGUAUUUGUCAGCGACGUCUCAGAUAUGAGAUUGGAUUUAAUGUUUCCCUACAGACGUUUUAUUCCUUGGCAGACACGACGAUUGGCGCUAAAGCUCCUCAAGCCGAAAAGCAAACCAGAGAUUGAUGACACCAAGACGGAAUUAGAACUGAAUUGGAAAGAGCGGAUUUUUGAGAUGCAUGGUUCCACUGACGUACUACGACCUAUUCCACAUGGUGUGAUGUAUAACCUUGACAAAGAGAAGAUGGUAGCAAAGGUUCCUAAUGCUCAGUGGCAGCAGAUUCUGGUAGGAAUUCAAGAAGAUCGGCCUGAUCUUAUUAAAAACGCUGUCUUGGUUGCAAAAAGCGAGCAACAGCUUCAGGAACGAUUGACGCAAAUGCGACGACAUACGGGUCAAAAUCUUCCCAUUGGGGAGAUAACCUGCGAGAAGGCAGAUGCCAGCCCUGCACUCUCCGUCAAUUUCAUGCGCACCUUUGAGCGAGGCGACGUCGUCAAUGUACAGCUCCAUGCAAUAACUCAGAGGGGCAUACUCAUGCCAAGCAUUCAACUAUUUGCUCUUACGCCGAAGCUUCACCUCUGCACAGAGCAUCGGGCAAACGCCAUCGAGUGUUUCUCUGAGGUAGCCAAAUUCCGGGCUGACGUAAUAACUGAGGACAUCGCACUUUACAAGAGUAUAUGGUUGCCCAUUCUGAAGAUGGCCGCAGCACACAAUGCUGUCCAGGAAGGCGGAAGUAGUGUUGUUCAGUACGUAGAUGUUACGUGGGAACGAAUCCAGAAGGAAGAUGAGCCGUCUCAAAUCAGAGGGUUAUUUGUGAUGACAAAGAACUUCUGCAACGAUAGAAAUCUGUCGAUACGCAGUGGUGAUUAUCUGUGUAUACGUUACACCAAUCUGCCACUGAUUCCUGAGGUGAACUUGCAACGUCGGCUCGAUAUGAAGAAGAGGGGACCGACUGAAAACAAAAAUCUCUCUGAGGUUUACCUGGGCAAAAGUACGUUUGUUGUCCAUACAGUUGUUGAUGUGGAAGACGUCGACCCAUGGACUGACGAUUGGAUACUGAAUGUUCAAGUCAAGAUCAAUCAACACUCAACUCCCUUUCCUGAGGUCUUGCUUAGGUCCAAGAAAAGACCAAGGUGUACCAUCGAGUUGCUCUCCAAGGCAACGAGUGACCGACGAGUUGAGCAAGCCAUUGAGAACCUUGACCAAGCUACAUCUCUUGUUCACGGAAUCUGUCUUCAUGACGCCGAGCAACGCCGACAGGGGCGCGAUUCUGUUUUCAGGAGGCUGAUUAGAACUGGGAAAGCAAUCACAUCUUUUGACAUCACAGACUCUCCGUUUCCUCACCCGAAUGACUCCCAGAAGGAUGCUCUAAGACUAGCUCUGCAACAAGAGUUUACCAUCAUCCAAGGACCACCUGGAACCGGGAAGACAGUCACUGGUGCCCAUCUUGCGCAUUUCUUCACCGAAGUCAACAAGACAUUGCAAGAUUCAGGACGACCUCCACAGGUUCUCUACUGUGGACCAUCCAACAAGUCGGUGGAUGUUGUUGCACACUACUUAAUCAGACUUGGUGUGUCGGUCAUCCGAGUAUGCAACCGAAGAAUCGAAGAGUUCGACUUUCCGAUUCCAGACCAACGAGGCACCACUGAUGGUCCUGGGAGUAGUUCCCAAGAAGUCAAGAUGGAUCCGAGGCUUCAGCAGAUUGCUCUACAUCACCUCAUUAGAAGGAAGGCUAAUUCAUUCAGUCAAUACAUCAACAGCAUGUACCGACAAUUCCAGUCGCCGGAUUACAGCAUAACCUUUGAAGAUCUAGAUGAGUAUAGCAGACUGAUCAGAAAGGCAGAGGAGGAGGAGCUACCGAAGUACAAGGUGGUUUUGUGUACAUGCAACGAGGCAGGGAGUAAAAGAAUCGAGAAGUUUGUCAAUGCGAUCCAGUGCAUUGUGGACGAGGCUGGUAUGUGUAAUGAACCAGAAACAUUGAUACCACUAGUGAGCACCAAUCCACUCCAGAUCGUUCUGAUUGGUGAUCAUAAACAACUCAGACCAAUCAUCCAGGAGCGCACAGCCGUUCAACUCGGCAUGGGGAUAUCAUUGUUGGAGAAGUAUCAAGACUUGGCUCAAAUGCUGACUAUUCAGUACCGUAUGCACGAGUCCAUCUGUGAGUUUCCAUCGCAAGAGUUCUACAGUGGAAAGUUAGAGACGGCAGACAGUGUGACGGAACGGAGGGAAUCUCUCGGGAUAUGGCCAGGGGGUAGGGAUAACCCCAUGGUAUUCUGUCAUCACAUUGGUCUGGAAGAAACAUUGAGCGUACGAACCGAUGAAGGCAGUGAACAGUCCAAGGCAAACCUGCAAGAAGUCCAGCACGUGGUUCGUAUGGCAACCGCUUUAGUCGGACGCCAUCACGUGGGACAAGCAGACGUCGUCGUUCUGACCCAGUAUCGACUCCAGAAGUUUCAUAUCGAGAAAGAGUUAGAAGCUGCGGGGCUGGAAGACGUCAAAGUUAGCACUGUCGUUAAGAGUCAAGGAAACGAGUGGGAUUACGUCAUCUUGUCGACUGUCCGGUCCUUACCGAGGGUAGAGAUUGACGAGAGACCGUCAGUGGCGUGGAAGAAACAAAACCUUGGAUUCAUCACCGAUGAAAACCAGACCAAUGUCGCCAUUACACGGCCUAGGUUGGGUCUGAUCAUACUGGGCAACAAGUUUCUGCUCCAGACGGAUCGUACUUGGAAAGACUUGACCAGAUACUAUUCCACGAAGGGAGCUCUGAUGGAUGCCACGAACUUCCUCCCAGCGUGAAAACCCUGGUGGGCUUGUGUGAAAAGUGCUCGCCUCACAAUAAGGUGACCCUGGUUCGAUACCCGGCCAGGGCCGUAUGUUAGUUGAGUUGUGCGUUGGUUCUCUGCUGUGCCACAAGGGUUUUCCAGACCAUCCGGUUUUCCUCUCUCGGGAAAAAUGUUACACUUUUGAUCUCUGACUGUGCUCCUCUGUGUUCAUAAUGGGUUGAUGUGGCUGGCUGCCAACGGCGCCCUUGCAUGCCUACUUCUCGAACACAUUGUAGCCGCGUCCUUCGCAAUUCAGCUCUUAGCUGCGAGUAAGGAUGAUUAGCAUCUAAGAUUAUUAUUAUAACAAACUUGACGACUCCCUUUCAUACCAUGUUAUUUUUUUCAGAUACAUGUAAAAGAAAUGUAAAAUAAGAAUAUUUUUAAUAUGACUGUCUGUAAUGCUCACAGUUGUAAACCAUUAGUGACUUUGUACAAUAAUGCAAAUUUUGUGUACACAGUUUCCUGAAUAUUUUGUAAAAUUUCAUUAUCUAAAUAGAUUUUAAUUUGUUUGUAAACUGUACUAUCAAAAUGUAUGUAGUUUGUAUGUAAAUUGUAUUUUAAAGACAGUGGACACUAUUGGUAAUUGUCAAAGACCAGUCUUCUCACUUGGUGUAUCUCAAC